UUAUUCGUUAUACAUUUUUGAUAAGUUGACAAAAUAAUCAUGAAGUUUAAAAUAACUCUUUCGCUGAUAUGUAUUUAUUUUCUAAUAAUUCCAAGUGUUUAUCCUAAGGAAACCACAUCGAAGCAAAUUAAACAAGCCACGGCCGUUUUGGAAGCAAUUUCAGGCAAAGACAUCGCCAAAUAUCUAAAAAUAAAGGAUGUGAAUUUGAAAGGAGGAUCGUACAUUAAAAAUAUAAAGAUAACCCACUUUGACAAUCCAAAAAUAUCGAUCAAAGGAGAUUGGAAGAACAAUAUCGUUGUCGAAGCAUCAAACAUUGGCCUCGGAGUAACAGCUGACUGGCGGGUCAAAAAGCGUAUUUUAUUUAUAAAAUAUCAGGAGUCUGGAACUUUAAGAGCAUCAGUUUCCAACACGUCGUUCAAGGUGACCUUGAGUACUCGCACAUUCAGUGUUGCAAAAUGUUCUGAGUCAAUUGGUAAAUUAAACGUCAAACUAAAAGGCAAACUGUUGGCAUGGAUUGCUAAAACUUUUGUAAAUGUUGACAAAUUGUUAAAACGGAAACUUAAUGGACAGAUAUGCAAGGCUAUAAGUAAAGAGAUUAAUAAGCAUUCAGCAAAAAUUUCAAGAAUAAUUCAAGGAUGAUGAACAAAUAUUUUAAAAUGGUUGAACGAAUAUGGUUACUGCAUGCUUGUACAAUUCAAACAAAGACGAAGACGAUUUUCAAUAAAUAUUUU